CUUUUUUUCUUCUCCAUCUCAACUCUUAAUUAUCUUGCUUAAUUUUCCAGUAUCGGAAACACCCUCAUCCUCUGAUCUCUUUCCAUUAAUACAUUUCUUUUACUCCCGCUAUAUAGAGAAAAACCAUAGAAAAUGGUAACUUCAGCUUCCAAAUUCUUUCUAUCUCCAGCAAAAGCCGCAGCCAUCAUGUUUAUGUUGCUGCUUUUGAACCCGGCAUGCCAGGCCCAACUCAGCUCUAAGUUUUAUGACAAAACAUGUCCAAAGGCCCUCACUACUAUCAGAACUUCCAUUAAAACUGCUAUUGCAAGAGAACGUAGAAUGGCUGCAUCUCUCAUUCGCUUGCAUUUUCAUGAUUGCUUUGUUCAGGGUUGUGAUGCCUCCAUUUUACUGGAUGAGACUUCAUCUAUCCAGAGCGAGAAGUCUGCACUGCCCAAUAAGGAUUCUGCUAGAGGUUAUGAUGUCAUCGACACAGCGAAAUCUGCAGUGGAGAAGAUAUGUCCUGGAGUUGUUUCCUGCGCUGAUAUCCUUGCUGUUGCAGCAAGAGAUGCAUCUGCCUAUGUCGGUGGUCCAUCCUGGACUGUAAGGCUUGGAAGAAGGGAUUCAAAGACUGCAAGUAGAACCCUAGCCAACAGGGACCUUCCUAGUUUUAGAGAUGGCCUUGACAGACUUAUAUCUCGCUUCCGAAGCAAAGGCCUAAGUGCUCGGGACAUGGUUGCUUUAUCAGGUUCCCAUACUCUAGGACAAGCUCAAUGCUUUACAUUUCGCGAAAGGAUAUACAGCAAUGGCACUAAAAUUGAAGCUGGAUUCGCUAGCACUCGCAGACGCCGUUGUCCUGCUAUCGGGGGCGAUGCAAAUUUAGCUGCACUCGAUCUAGUCACACCCAAUUCCUUCGACAACAAUUACUUCAAGAAUUUGAUACAAAAGAAAGGUCUUCUUCAAUCUGAUCAAGUUCUUUUCAGCGGAGGUUCUACGGACAGCAUUGUGUUGGAGCAUAGCAAAAAUCGUGAAACUUUCAAUUCAGAUUUCGCAACUGCCAUGGUCAAGAUGGGAAAUCUUAUCAACCCAUCUCGUGGUGAAAUAAGGAGAAUCUGCAGUGCCGUCAACAAGUAAUUAAUUUGUUUAUUUUCCAAUGAUUAAACAUCCUUUUACUACUUUUUUUGUGAUUUCCUUUUUCUAUAAAUUUGCUGUUUCUGAUUCUUUCUAUUUUCAUCAAGUGUAAAGUACUAAUAUAUUAUUUGUGUAAGUCAUUUGUAAUUCUUUUCAAUUAUUGAAUAAAAGAAUACAAAUAUUAGCUUAUUACUCUUA